AUGGAAGAUCAACCCCAACAUCCAAACAGUUCAAGCCAUGUCCCUGCUGAGAGAACAAAUGAAACCGUCAGAACAAGGUGGGCCCCAAAACCAGAGCAAGUCCUCAUACUUGAGUCCAUCUUCAACAGUGGCAUGGUAAAUCCUCCCAGAGAGGAAACUGUGAGGAUAAGAAAACUCCUAGAGAAAUUUGGUGCCGUUGCAGAUGCCAAUGUUUUCUACUGGUUCCAAAACAGGCGGUCCAGGUCUCGCCGCCGACAACGCCAAAUUCAGGCCAGCCUCGCCGAAGCAGCUCAGCCAACGACUAUUGCUACUGGUACUGGUGCAAUCCAGUACGAGAGUAGUAGCUCUGGUGUGGGUUUCGUGCCCUCCUUUUCUCCAUCUCCUUCUCCCACUCUAUCUCUAUCUCCUUCUGAUCCAUGUCUUCUUGGUUCUUCUUCAUCAAGCGGUGGCCUUGUCGGCAACCACCACGGUGGUGGUGUCGGUGAUGUCUUCUCGUUUUCUGGCCACAUGGGUUUCCCUGAAAUUCAUGAGCAAACCUCAAGCCUGACUUCAAAUUUUGGAGCUUCUAAUAAUUCAAAUUUGCACUACCAACCCUCCGGACUUGUGACUGUGUUUAUCAAUGGGGUUCAGGUAGAGGUUCCAAGGGGACCCUUAGACAUGAGGGUGUUUGGUCAAAAUUUAGUGUUGUUACGUUCCUCAGGAGUGCCGGUAGCAUCUAACGAUUUUGGCUAUUCAAUAGAGCACUUGGAGCAUGGUGAAAACUAUUUCCUGGUAAGCAAUCAAGGGGCUACCAGUACUACUGCCUUUGAAACCAGUAAUAGUUAUGGUUUCAAGGCCCCUUUAAAGAGGUAUUAA